GUCUCUCAAUAUGGCCGCAGCUCGGUAGUAAACCUGCGGAACUACCUGGAUUAUCUUAAUAAAACGUAUUUUACAAGCUCAUUUGGCACUGGAUUGUAACUUCGAGGUUUAAUCUGAAUCACCAUGAGAAGCAGCCGAUAGUUGUACUGUGUACUCUCCAGCCUGGAGAGGACCCUGGGAAGUACCACCCCUCCUGUCUGUCCCGGGACAGCCUGGACACAUUCGUUUCCCCCCGGGCCCAGAGUGGUGCCGAACUGACGGGGCCACACCUGCUGGGCGUGACUCCUGUGGGGCGGAGCAUGCUGAGCAGCUGUGGUUACUAUGGAGACGCAGGAUAAGCAGCAGGGGGAGGAUGCUGUUCCUCUGGGCCUGUCCACAGGGCAGGCUCUGGGGAAGCUCCGGGACCAGCUCACAGCUCUCUUAGAGCAGCACCAGAGGGCCACGCACCGACACUCAUCUGUUCUGGAUCGACUGACAAACAGCUUCCUGUUUCAUGGGAACCGUCACUCCUGCCUGCACUGGCCUGGUGUGGCCCUCUCUCUGUUGGUUAUAGUGGGGUUCCUCUGUUGUCAUGGCAGCCAACCCAAGGGCAGUUCUGGAGUGGAAUUGUCCAACGCUGCUGCUCUCCUGCUCCUCCUGCUGGUGAACCUGCUGCUGGUCAGGCGACAGCAGAGGCUCCAGAGGACGGAGAUGGUCGGCCGCCUCAGAGCUAUCAUAGGCCAGCUCAAUGAUUACCUGUCUGCUUGUAUGGGUGAUGUUCGCUGGGCUACAUCCAUGUACCCGGACCUUUACACCCCGACCUCUCCAUCUUGGUCCCUCCACUGGACCUACAGAGACUCCCAGCUUGUCAACUGUCCUGUAAGCCUGCUGGUGGAAGGAGACAUCAUCGCCUUGAGACCAGGACAGGAGGCUUUUGCUUCUCUUAGAGGGAUCAAGGAUGAUGAGCACAUUGUCUUGGAGCCUGGAGACCUCUUUCCCCCAUUCUCUCCCCCUCCCUCCCCCCAGGCCACAGACAAGAGAGGGCCCCAGAGUCCCCAGCACCACCGGCUCUUCAGGGUGGUUCGGACACCUGUGCUGGACACGGUCAAAAAUGGCCUGGAGUUGGCGCAGUCUCGACCGGUUACUGUGCUGGAUAAUGAACGCUUCACUGUGCAGUCAGUCAUCACCAAGUUAGUGUGCCCCGUGGUGUUGACUGCCUUUUUAAUUGUCAACACUAUCCGAUAUUUUUGUGAUGCUCCCAGUCUUACACCUCUAUGCUACAACUUCUUUCAGCUCCAGCUGAUGGGAGUCCUGCCCAUUCUACCGCUGCUCUUCCCGGUCAUGUGGGUCCUGGUAAAUGCAUUUGGAGAGGCACGAGUCCUGGCCGAGUUCAGCAAAGCAUCUCCAGCUGGCCUGCUUGCUAAGUUUUCUGAGGACACACUAAGCAGCUACACCGAAGUGGUUUCCUCUCAGGAGAUGCUGCGUUGUGUGUGGAGGCACCUGAUUGGAGUAUUGAAGGGAGACUCUCAGACACUGUGCUACACCUCGAGCCUUCUGCACACGCUGGGCUCUGUCACUGUUCUAUGCUGUGUGGAUAAGCAAGGUAUCCUGUCGUGGCCAAACCCUAGCCCAGAGACGGUGCUCUUUUUCAGUGGGAGAGUGGAGCCUCCACACAACAGUCAGGAUGACCUCAGGGAUGACAUGUCAGUCAACUCCUUCUGCAGGAUGGACACAGAAGAUGACCAAGAUGAGGCCCAGGAGGGAGAGGCACUACUGUGUCAGCCUGGAGAGUCCCAAGUGGAUGUUGUGGAGCCUAGUGAAAUGUCACAAGAUACUGCCCCAUCCACAGAGAACCUCAGACCUUGGAAAAGUGCACAGUCCACACGCACUCGGACCAAACACCACUCUGGGUCUAACGUGAGCUUCAGCCAUGACACAGAGGGAGGGGAGGAUGACCAAGGACAGGAGUUUGUGUUGGGAUGCCCUGAGGCUGAGGCAGACGACUUUGUGUGUGACUACCACCUGGAGAUGCUGAGCCUGUCCCAGGACCAACAGAACCCUGCUAGUAUCCAGUUUGAUGACCUGUCCUGGCAGUGUCACCUGCCUUCUCUCAAACCUCUGGGUCUGAACAUCAUGUUAAACCUGUGUAAUGCCAGUGUCACACAUCAACUCUGCAAAUUCUCUGACCACUUGUCCAACCUGGCCCUUCAGGAGAGCCACGGCACCGUGCAGCCUGUGUGCGUGCCGUGGGGUUUGUGUGAGCUCUCUCGACUCAUAGGGUUCACCCCAGGUGCACGGGAGCUGUUUAAACAGGAGAACCACCUGGCUCUGUACCAGCUGCCUUCAGGAGAAAAGACUAAGGAACUUGCUUCUCGUCGACUGCAUUACUUCAUCAAACGCCAUCCUCCCCUCUCUCACCUCAUCUCUCUGUUUGUGCGGGACUCCUCCUCCAAUCAUGUCCAGAUGCUCUCCCAUGGAUCAGCUGACCUCAUUCUGGAGGCCUGCACAGACUUCUGGGACGGGACAGACAUUUACCCCCUCUCGGGCUCAGACCGAAAGAAAGUUCUGGACUUCUACCAGCGUGCCUGUCUGUCCGGUUAUUGCUCAGCCUUUGCCUAUAAGCCCAUGCAGGUGUCCCUGUCCAGUCAGCUCAAUGGAAAAUGUGUGGAGCUCGCUCCAGGGCCCUGUGUGUUCUCUGGGCUGGAGCUGCCCUCCACUACCCCCCUCAAACAUGGCUCCUGCCGGAACAGCUGGAGUUCAGACGAGGGCAUUGGGGAGGGGGCAGAGAGAGAGGACUGUGUACAGGCCCUCAGCGGUCAGAUCUUCAUUGGAAUGGUGUCCUCACAGUUUCAGGCCAGACUGGAUACGGUCAGACUCAUCGAUGCUUUGGUCACUGCAUGUAUCCGCUUUGUCUACUUUUCAAUGGAGGAUGAACUGCGCAGCAAAGUAUUUGCAGAGAAGAUGGGUUUGGAGACAGGCUGGAACUGUCACAUCUCGCUGACGCCAAAUGGAGACAGUCCAUGUGAUGGAGCUCCCUCCAGCCCCAGCCACGGCUCUCUCCACGAGGACCUACAACAAGAUUCUCGUGAUGAAGCUGAGGGUCCUCUUCUGCCUGAGGAAGAGGCUCACUCAGACAUGGUCAGUUUCCAGCCCACAGACAGCGAUGUGCCCAGCUUCCUGGAGGACUGCAAUAGGGCCAAACUACCUCGUGGUAUCCACCAGGUUCGCCCGCACCUGAAAAACAUUGAUAAUGUGCCUCUGUUGGUGCCACUCUUCACAGACUGCACCCCUGACACCAUGUGUGAGAUGAUGAAGAUCAUGCAGGAGAACAGGGAGGUCACGUGCUGUCUGGGCAGCUCCGCCAACUUCCGCAACAGCCGCCUCUUCCUUCAGAGUGACCUCAGCAUAUCGUUGGACCCUCUGUACCCAUCACAGUGCUCAUGGGAGACUUUUGGUUAUGCCACUGGAGGGGGGUUCAGUGGGGAGCUGGAGGGCCUGUCCCCUCUAAGGCUGUCGGGGCAGCUCAACAGUCUGGGCUGUUCUGUCAGCUUCCAUCGGGGGGAGAGUGUCAGCAUGGUCCGUCUCAUUGAGCAGGCAAGGCACACCACCUAUGGCAUCCGCAAGUGCUUUCUCUUCCUCCUGCAGUGUCAACUCAGUCUUGUUAUCAUCCAGUUUUUAGCAUGCCUGGCCCAGCUGCCUCCCCCAGUUAAUACCACUGAUAUCCUGUGGGUGUCGUGCUUUAGCUGUCCACUGCUCAGCGUGUCUCUUUUGGGCAAACCUCCCGACAGUUCAGUGAUGACUGUAGCCACCGGAAAAAACCUCAAUGCCAUCCCGAAGAAGACUCAGAACUACUUUUUAGGCUGUUUCCUACUGAAGUUUGGCCUUUCGGUGUGUGCCUGUCUGCUGGCCUUCGGCUUCACUCUGCAGGAGGUCUGUAGCAUCAGUAAUAUGGGGCUCCUAGACAACAGCACUGCCAACUGUUCCUCCAUCUUCACAGUGAGCUCUUCUGCUGAGGCUCCUGACUGGUUUGGGCAGCUGUCGAGCAGUCUGCUACUGACUCAGAAGGUGAUGGCAGCCUUCCUGGUGUUACACACUGUGGUAAUUUCGCUGAGCUACGUGCAUCGCUCUCAGUCUCUGUGGAGGAAGAGUCCGUUCAGUAAUACCUGGUGGUGCCUGACUGUUCCUGUGGUUUUGCUUAGUCAGAUGGUGCAAGCUACAGUGGAUUACCAGUUAUGGCGAGACCAGGGCAGCCUCCUGGACUUCAAACUGCAGGAUAUCCCACUGUUAGCCUGGCUGCUGAUGUCUCUGUCCCCUCUGCUGGUGGUAGUAGUCAACGAGGCCGUCAAAAUGCAUGAAAUACGUGUGAGAGUGCGAUACCAGAAGAGGCAGAAGCUGCAGUUUGAGACUAAACUGGGCAUGAACUCUCCUUUUUAAGUUUGGUUCUGAAAAAACGGCCAAGAAACAGAACACUAACGACCAGCCAAGCCAUCAACCAAAUGUUCACUAUAGAGAACUAUAGAGAACUAUAGAUGACUGCAAUAUUUGUCCAAAGGGUGGUGGAAAAAUAUAUAAUUAUUUAUCUAAAUAGUUUUAAAGGCAUGAAGAAUGUUUUAUGAAGAGUAUCAUUGUGUCUGUACAUUGUUGCAUGGUCCUUAACACUCCAGAAAAAGCUGCACCACUUUUUAUUUAAAUAAUUAAUUAUUUGAUUAUAAUUUUAUGAAAUACUUUAAACAAUAUAUAAGAAUGUGUGUGGCUUUUUUGGGGUUAACAAAGCAACAUUGUAAAGUCAAUAAAGAAAUGUUUAAGUUUUGUAUCUCUUGUUAAAAUUGUGUUCCUACCCUGCCAGUUGUAAACACAUUUGCUCCCAACAAUGCUGCAUGAGAUUCAGUCCCUUUCAGUCUUGAACAAGGGAUCUACUGAUAUCCAUUGUUUUUAUCUGCUCAUAGACAACAACAAAAGACAUCAAAGUAUAUUUUGUAUUUUCUUAAAAUGGUUUUAAAAUGUUCGGCUUGAUUCUGUCCAGUUAAUGUGAAUAAAUUUAAUUUUAGCUAC